AUGGCCCCUGAAGAGGCUAUGAAGCUGUUGAAGGAGGGCAACCGUCGCUUCGUGAAUGGCUGUCCCUGGGGUUCCAAGACCAAGGAGGCAGCGCGUCAGCAGCUGGUGGAGGAUGGUCAGGCACCUCACACCGCCAUCAUCGGUUGCGCCGAUUCCCGCGCCCCGCUGGAAACCAUUUUCGACACCAUGCCAGGUGACAUUUUCGUGCUGCGGAACGCCGGAAACACGUGCACACAUGCGGAAGGAUCGAUGGUUGGUAGUUUGGAGUUCUGCACCGGAAAGCUCGGCAGCCGUUUGAUUUUGGUCUUGGGCCACACCAAGUGCGGAGCCAUUUACGGAGCGACAAAGACCUACUUGGAUUCGCAGCCAGGAAAGAAGGUGGCAGGAUGCGCAUUGGAGGGACUUCUUCAAGAUCUUGGCUCCGUGGCCCAAGAAGCCGCGCAGGAGCUGGGACCGGGUGCCAGCUCGGAUGAAGUGGCCGCCCAUGCUGUAAAGGUGAAUGUGUUCCACACCAUGAACUUUCUCUUGCGCUUCAGCGAGAGCAUCCGCGAGAUGGUUAAGACUGGACAAGUUCAGAUCCAAGGUGGCAUUUACCAUUUGGAGACUGGAUCUGUGGAGUUUCUGGGCCAGUCUCCUUUGCAGAAAGAAUUGCUGGACAGCAGCAUGGCCAUCCCACCUUCCAUGGUCACAGAGGAGGGGCGAGGUUUGCAUGGUGUGCGCACCGGUGCAGAUGAAAGGGUGCCGUCCGACUUGGCGUUGUCGAUGCUGAAGAAGGGCAACGAGCGCUUUGCUGCCGGUGCCCCAACUGCUGGCAAGACUUCGGAUGCCAUGCGCAAGGCGUUGGUGAAACACAACCAAGCGCCUCACAGUGCCAUUCUUGGCUGCGCCGACUCUCGCGUCCCGGUCGACACGGUCUUCGACGCAACGCCUGGAGAGCUGUUUGUCUUGAGGAAUGCUGGGAACACGUGCACGCAUGCGGAGGGAUCCAUCGUUGGCUCAUUGGAGUUCUGCACCGGCAAGCUGGGCAGCAAGUUGAUUCUGGUCUUGGGACACACCCAGUGUGGUGCCAUUGCUGGGGCCACUGCGACCCACCAAGCAGGAGCCACCAAUGCGCCUGGCUGCGCUUUGGAGGGCUUGUUGCAGGGUCUUGCCGUGGUGGCGAAGGAUGCCAGUGAACAGCUGGGCCCAGGUGCUUCCCAGCAAGAGCUGGUGGCGCAUGCUGUGAAGGUGAACGUCUUCCAUUCCAUGGAUUUCCUGUUGAAGUUCAGCGAGCCAUUGCGUGAAUUGGUCCGCAAGGGAGAGUUGGACAUCCAGGGUGGCAUCUAUCACCUCGAGACUGGCCGAGUGGAGUUUCUGGGUCAAUCCCCACGCCAAGCGGAGCUGUUGUCGUCGGAUCUGUCGCUGCCACCAUCCAUGGCCCUUGGUGCCGUCCGCACAUCUCAAGAUGGAAUCGUGGCGCCCAAGUUGGCCCUGCAGACCCUGAAAGAGGGAAACGAGCGCUUCGUGGCGGGCGUUCCUGCUGCUGGAAAGGUGCAUCGCAGCAUGUGCGAGGCUUUGGCAACCAAAGGUCAGGCGCCCCACACGGCCAUCGUGGGCUGCGCGGAUUCCCGCUGUCCUCUGGAGACACUCUUCGAUGCUCUCCCCGGUGAUUUGUUCGUUCUGCGUAACGCUGGAAACACCUGCGCACACGCUGAGGGAAGUAUCUUGGGCAGCUUGGAGUUCUGCACCGGGGCCCUCAACACUAAGCUGAUCUUUGUGCUGGGACAUACCAACUGCGGUGCCAUCAAGGGGGCGACGGCAGCAUACUUUGCGGCCAAGAAGAAACCAACACAGGCCAACAAUGCCUUGGAUGUACUUCUGAAGGGCCUGGACACCGUGGUGGCCCAGGCAGUGGCGGAAGCUGGUGCCAAGGCGACAGCGGAGGAAGUCGCAGCACUCGCUGUGAAGCUCAACGUCUUCCAUACCAUGAAUUUCCUCAUGCAGCACAGCGAACCCAUCCGUGAGAAGGUUUCCAGCGGCGAGUUGGAGAUCCAUGGGGGAGUCUAUGACUUGAAGUCCGGACGUGUGGAGUUUUUGGGUUGCAGCCCCUCUCAGUCGAAGCUGGUCACCGGUAAAAGCACAGUGGCUCCUUCGCUGAAGGACAAGAUGCAUGGGGCCUAAGCCGCAAUCCGCCUCGGCAUGGGACCCAGGACCCAGAGGAACGGUGGACACAGGCACGGCUGUGGGAAAUUGCGAUGGUCAAACAGAAAAUUCUGAUGUUUGAAACUUCUAAGCAGAGGUAGAUUACCUCAACAUACCUUAGCAUACCUUAGCUAUAUUUGCUUUUUGGAUCUUUUUGGUGCAAUUGAUGAAGUUGAGCUACUGGACAGGAUCACCUCUACUAGGUGCGACACGCAAAUGUUUGGUGCAUUGUUUAAGAAUGC